AAGCACGGCUGCUGCGGCUGCACCACAGGGCCAGGCGUGCCCCUCCGGAGCUCAGUGCAGCAGGAGAAACCUCAACGCCAUGAAGCUCCAGGCGCGUCUCUUCCUCGUCUCCGCAACCCUCUUGGCUCUGGCCAGAGGGAAUCCCGUCACAACAGGCGAUGCCAUUCCGGUCCAGGAGAAUUUGGAAGAGCAGAAGCUCUAUGGGAAAUGGUACAGCAUUGCAAUCGGCACGACUUGCCGCUGGAUGUUGCAGCAUCAGCACCGCUUCAACAUGGGCACGCUGGUGGUGGCCCCCGGGAAAACAAGUGAGGAGAUCAGCCUCACCUCCACCCGCAUCAGAAGAGCUGAGAAGUGCCCCCACCUUCUUUCCCGUUGCAGGCAAGGCGUGUGCAGCAAGGUUACUGCAGAUUACCAGAAGACCGACAUUCCAGGGAAAAUCCAAUACUACCAUGCUGGGCGGCAGGCAAACAUUGAGAAUUACAUGGCCCGCACCAACUAUGACGAGUAUGCCAUCCUUGUGAUGGUGAAGAACAGCACCCAAGGACUCAGCACCACGGCUAAACUUUACGGGAGGAGCCCGGAGCUGAGUGAGAAUCUCUUGACCCAGUUCAGGCACUUUGCCCUGGGACUGGGGAUUCCUGAGGACGCCAUUUUCAACCUGAUUAAUAAAGGAGAGUGCGUCCCUUCUGAACAGCAGCAUGAACCGCAGAGGGUUCGGAGGACCACCUUUUCCGACGACGGAGGCUCUGCGGACGGCCCCUUGCAAAAUGCCCCUGGCAACCAGGAAGAUGACUGCCACUUGCCAAGGGAACUGGGACCGUGCCACAAAAUGCAGAUGCGGUACUUCUACAACGGCACUUCCCAGAUGUGUGAGGCCUUCUUCUUCGGGGGCUGCCUCGGGAACGCCAACAACUUCCACUCGGAGAGGGCCUGCCUCCAGACGUGCAGGACGGAGGCGGCCUGCCGCCUCCCCAUUGUCCCCGGAGGUGCUUGUGAUGACACAUUUUGGGCCUUUGACGCAAACCAGGGCAAAUGCGUCACUUUCAAGGGCUGUGGAAGCAACGCGAACAAGUUUUACCUGGAGAAGGAGUGCAAGGAGUACUGCGGCGUCCUCCCCGAUGGGGACGAUGAAUUCCUCCGCCUGCCACCGCAGUGAGGUGGUGUCCAAGGAGCAUUUGGUGCCGUUGCCGCAGGUCAGCGUCUCUUUCAAAUCGGCCUUCCCGGUGUGUCACCGGCAUGAAUAAAGGCAGCCUUUUUGACCAAA